AUGGUUCUCCUCCAUCUUGUUCCAUCAGAUCCCCCAGGCUUGAAUGCUCCCUCUCCCCUUGGUGCUAGUUUUAGUUAUCAUCCUAGUGGCUGGGGCAAGCCUCCUGUUGAUGAAGGCUCUCCACACCUCUUCCCGUUUUCACCCCCUGACAAUUUUUAUUCUCUGCAACUAAACAGUAUGGGUUUCCAUUUUAUGGAGAUGGUUUUGGGUGUUUAUCGACAAGAGAAGCCUAAUUAUGAGGAAGAGCCGGUUGAUAAGACCAAAUGCCGGGGAAUCUUGGAAGAGAAAGAGGAGGAGGAAGAGAAGGAUGAUGAAUUUGAAGCUAUUCAUUCUGUUGAUAGUCUGUCAAGAUUUCUUGCUAAACUGGUUAUGCUUAUAAUUCUCUACUUUGCAUUGGAGACAGCUGAUGUUAUUGACGACCUUGGGAAGCAGAAGAAGAAGGAACCUGAAAGGCCUCUCUAUCAAUUUUAUCUCUUUGACCAAUUGUUUGUUAGUAAGCAUGUUGAUUUCCGUGAAGAUUGUACUUUGCUUGGAACCAUACACAUUUAUGUGGUUAACACUGGCACCUUGGACAAGUCAGGGGUUAAACGGUUAAAUCUUCACAAAUACCAUAAACUUGAGAUGGGGCCAGUGCCUUCGGCUAAUGAGAACGGAGAGAAGCUUGAUUCCCAGGUAAAAACCAGUGUGAUUCUAUCUCAAACCAAGCCAGGUGUUGAGGCAGCCUAG